AUGAACAAGACAACAAUUGAUGAGUUCUGGCUUCUGGGAUUUGAGAAUAUACACGGCCUUAAAAUCAUGCUUUUUCUUCUGUUUCUAAUAAUUUACAUGUUAACAUUAUUUGCUAAUUUCACAAUCAUAUCGUUUGUCUCCAUAAGUCACCAUAUGAAUUCCCCGAUGUACUUCUUCCUCAGCCACCUGUCUCUCAACGACCUCCUUCUCUCCACAACCAUUGUACCUGAAAUGCUGCAGGUUAUAUUGAGAGAAGGGAGUUCUAUAUCCCGAGCUGGCUGCUUCACCCAAUUAUACUUUUUCUCUGUGCCAAUUGUUAACGAAUGUCUCCUCCUCACCGUGAUGUCCUACGAUCGAUAUUUGGCCAUCUGUAACCCAUUGCGUUAUUCCUCCAUCAUGGACCUCAAGCUUUGUGUUCUUCUUGCAACUUUUUCUUGGGUAUGUGGUUUAGUGUUUGCUUUCCCACAUAUUGUUCUUUUGUACAAGAUGACAUUUUGUGAGUCAAAUACAAUUAACCAUUUUUAUUGUGACCUUCCUCCACUUCUCAGACUUUCCUGUUCAGACAUAUCAGUUAGUAAAACAGUAAGUGUUUUUGAAUCUAUCCCUUUAGUAUUUCUACCUUUUAUUUUUAUUUCUAUGUCUUAUAUAAACAUCAUUGUCGCCAUCCUCCGGAUCUCUACAUCAGCUGGAAGACAAAAAGCCUUCUCCACCUGCACAAAAAAAGUAGCAGCUAUUGUUAUGAGUUAA